GCAAUCAGUCAGAUCCACACCCCACACAGCAUGCUAACAAACAGAUGCAGACACGAGCGAGAGGGGAAACAAGAUUGGGAUGCCACCACGUUGGGACAACACAUGUGAGAAGCGGAGGGUCUGCUAUCACCUCUGUCUUUACUGUUUUCAGAUUCAGAAACGAGAUCUGGAUAGCUAAGACGACUAGCUGCAGCGGCUCGACUCGCGCGAUUCCUCCAACUAGCCGGCGAUUAGGGUCAGCAAGUCUCCGGCUAGCCGUCUUCUUCCUACAGCUUAUCUUCCCUCUGCAAAUCUGAUCUCGACCUCGCCCUCUCCUCUCAACCUCUCCUGUACAUCCCCUGAUCCAGGUAAGGGCACUCUACUCGCCGAGUGUAACUGUUAAUGGGUCGCCAAGCUAGUGCUGCACGGAAUGACCUCGAGCACAUGCUAUCUGACGAAAAGGAACAGCCAAAGGCCUUGCCAUUAUCACUUUUGGAAGACAUAACAGAUGGUUUCUCCGAGAACCUUCAAAUUGGCAGAGGUGGGUUUGCGGUAGUUUAUAAGGGAGUGCUUGAGAAUGGGACCAUUGCUGUGAAGAAGCUGUUUGAAAGGCUUGAUAUUCCUGAUAAUAAAUUUAAUGAAGAGAUUCGUUGUUUGAUGAAGGUGAAGCACAAAAAUAUAGUGCGUUUUUUGGGAUAUUGUGCUAACACACAAGGCGAAAUAGUAGAUCAUGCUGGAGGUGUUGUCAUGGCAGAUGUACGUCAAAGGUUGCUCUGCUUUGAGUAUGUACCUAAAGGAAGUCUUGAUGAGUAUAUCAAAGAUGCAUCUAAUGGACAUGACUGGAUUAAGACCUAUGCGAUAAUAAAUGGCAUUUGUGAAGGUUUACAUUACCUUCACCAGAAUCGUAUUCUUCACUUAGAUCUCAAGCCCGCAAAUAUUCUGCUGGAUGGCAAUAUGAUGCCAAAAAUUACUGACUUUGGGCUAUCAAGGUGCUUUGAUGAGAAGCAAACCGAAGCUAUUACCAAAAAUAUGGCUGGCACAUUAGGGUAUAUCGCACCAGAGUUUCAUAGUGGUGGAGACAUAUACACGAUCACAAAGAAGUCGGACAUAUAUAGUCUUGGUGUCAUAAUUAUAGAGAUGCUGACCGGAAAGAAGUGGUAUCCAGCAUAUCCUGAUGUUGAUAAGGUGCUUGAAAGUUGGAUGAAUAAGUUGGGGAAAUCACAGCGGGUCACACAACUGAAACAGAUACGGUUAUGCAUCGAGCUAGGGAUAGAGUGCACUGAUGGUAACCAAGCGAACAGACCAGAUACACCGGAUAUUAUCAAUAGACUUGGUGAAACAGAAAAUGCACGCAUCAUGACUGGUGUGAGUAGUUUAACGGUACCACAGGUACAAAGGGCUUUGGAAAAGCUGGAAGAUGCCACCAAGAACUUGCUUCCGAGGAGGGAUAUUGUUCAUCUCAUGAAUGAUAGUGCCGAGAAAAAUGUUACUCAUUGGCAGGGGGCAGCUAAAAAUCUUCGUGCAGCCCAAGAAUGUCUAAAUGAUAAUCAUCAUAUUGUUGCAGUCGAGUCUGGUCCAUCUAUAUCUGUUGAGGACUGUAACCUUAGAGAGGCCCAAGAAUGUCACAAUCAUAAUCUUCAUAUUUCUGCAGUCGAGUCUAGUCCAUCUAUGUCUGUUGAGGACCGCAACCUUCAAGAGGCUCUCAAGCUCAUUAAAGAUGAUCUCGUGGGCGUGAUUGGAAUAUGGGGUCCAGGUGGAGUGGGGAAAACGCACCUUUUGAACAAUAUCAAAAACUCGCUUGAUGGGAACACAACCUUUAACUAUGUUGUACAGGUGACGAUUUCAAGGGGGUGUUCGGUAGAAAAGAUCCAAACUGAUAUUGCACAACAACUCAAUCUGGAUGAAUUCAGGAAAGAUUCUGAUGUGCAAUUUAGAUGUCGUAUCAUUUAUGACUUUUUGAAAAAGAGAAGCUUUCUUAUAUUGGUAGAUGACCUUUGGGACCAAAUUGAUCUGCAAGCAGUUGGCAUACCAUAUCCCCUUGGAAUUGAAAACCAACUCAGAAGAAAAGUGGUGCUCACAACAAGAUCAAGAAAAGUCUGUGGUCAAAUGGAGGUAAGAAAAAAUAUUAAAGUAGUUUGUCUGCAGGAGGAUGAGGCAUGGCAGCUAUUCAAAGAGAAGGUCGGUCAUGAAACUUUUUCUUAUAAUCCUCGCAUUGAAGAUCUUGGAAAAGAACUUGUGAAGGAAAUGAAGGGAUUGCCAUUAGCUUUGGUAACUAUAGGUAAGACAAUGUAUGCAAAAACUGAUACGGCUAAGUGGGAAUAUGCUAUCGAAUAUAUGAAACAGUCAUGGUAUGUUAAAGAUGACCCGCUAGAUAUGGAAAGAGUUGUUUUCAGGCAGGUAAAGUUUAGUUUUGAUAGUUUACGAAACAACAUUUUGAGAAAAUGUUUCUUGACUUGUGCACUAUGGCCAGAGGAUCAGAAGAUUCCCAGAGAAAUGCUUGCUCGAUGUUGGAUCGGCUUAGGUCUAGUGGAUGAACCAGAGAUAAAAAGUUCCUACAUAACAGCAUAUAAUCUGAUGGGCGAACUUUCAGCUGCAUGUUUGUUAGAGGAAGACCAUGGAAUUAUAAUGUAUAAUGAAUAUCUUGAAAUGCAUGAUUAUGUUAAAAUGCAUGAUGUGGUUCGUGACAUGGCUUUAUGGAUCGCUUGUGGCUGCGGUAAGAAUAAUAGCAAGUGGUUUGUCCGUGCAGGAGUUGGUUGGGAUGAAAAAUUUAGCAUCCCUUGGAGUCAAGUUGAACGUGUCUCAUUGAUGAUGAAUAUGUUGUCGGAACUUCCUCCUGUCGACUCUAAUCCUUGUCACAUGAGGAUGCUAUGCCUUGGAAAUAACUUCUUGAGUAGAUUACAAUAUCAUGAAAUCAGAAAAUUCACUUCACUGACAUACCUGGAUUUGAGCUUCAGCCAGCUGCACAGGAUACCUGAAGAAUUAUGUUCCUUGGCAAACCUGGAACACCUUGAUUUAUCGGGAAAUAGUGACAUAGAAGUAGUGCCUCACUGUUUUGGAGGCCUCAUUAAGCUCAAGUUCUUGUACCUAGAAGAGACUAGGAUACAGAUGUUACCAAAGGGGGUCAUAUCUAAACUUCAAGCAUUGCUAGUAAUAGACAUCAGAACUCUUCGUCCAGUUUCUGAGGGCAUUAGAAUGCUUCUAGAGUUGGGCACCCUACCCAACUUGAAAGCAGUUGGUAUCCAUGUGGGAUGUGCAGUACUAAGAGAAGGUGCUGACCUCCCCAUCAGGUAUUUAAUUCUGGAGGAUCAUGAGACACGUGCACUCAACUUGUCUGAUAUUCUAUCACAUAACUUUGCACGAAGGACCUUGUAUGAACUAACAAUUCACAUGGCCAACUUGGAUCAAAUAAUAAUAAGACAAGAGUUGGCACUACCAAGCUGUUGUUUUGGGGCUCUCAAUCAGCUCCAAUUAUCAGAGUUUGAUAACUUAAGAGAGAUAACUUGGAUGGAAACAUGUCCAGCAUCUCUAUUCCCAAAGCUCACGUGUUUGUUUGUGGAGUACUGGCAAGAGCUAGAACACCUCUCUUGGGCGAUGUAUCUGCCUUGCCUCGAACAACUCAACAUAUUUAACUGUAAUGCGAUGCAGCAACCAUUUGUGAUGCACCAUGGUGAUAACAAGUUCGGCGAACAAGACAGUUCAAAGACAUUUCCCUGCCUCAAAUAUCUGAGAUUUUCAUGGUGCUCGUCGCUGGUCAGUAUUGGUGAUCCUGAUGUGACAUUCCCAUUCCUAGAGCGACUGGAGUUUGAACAUUGUGCAGAAUUAAAGAGUCUUCCUUUCAACAUGGACAACUUGCCAGGAAACCUGCAGUUUGUGCAGAUUGAUGUUAAAUCCUGGGAGAGAAUGAAAGGGGAAUUGGAAGAAGGUGUCAAAUCUUUCCUGGAACCCAAGCUUAAAUUGUAUGGAGUACUAUGAGCAAUCCGUCCAUUCCACUCCAUGCUUCUUUCUGGGCCCAACAAGGAUAGGCAACUGUAUCAGUAUCUCGUCUGGGAGUUUUAUCGUGCAUGCAUGUUUAUGCAGUGUCAUGGAAAAAAAUGCUUCCUUUUGGCUCCCGAUCGAGUUGUAUUCAUGCUUCCUGUUGGCCAUGUUGUAAAAAUUCUUAGCGACUUGUCAGGAGGUGUUUCCAUUUGUGUGCACUCUGAUAAAAUUAGCUAUGAACUAAAUGUGUGCAAUUGUAUUCUUAUUUCACGAUUAUUGAAGUUUACACGUGCUA